AUGGCCAAUGGAGAAGCGCCUUCCUCCAACGGCUACAUGCAAGCGGCCGCCGCUCCUCCCGCUCCUCCCGCUCCCCGACCCAAGCUCCCCGCCGCCACCCCCUCCUCAUCGGCUAAAGCGCAGCUUUCUUCCGCGAAGCCGCAACCUGCUUCCGCCAAAGCGCAGCCUCUUUCCGCCAAAGUUCAACCUGCUUCCGCCAAACCGCAGCCUGCAUCGGGCAAGGCGCAAGCUUCCCCCGCCGCCAUCUCAGCCGCCGUUGCUGCCGCUGCCGCCGCUUGUGCCAGUGCCAGCGCCGCUGCAGCUUCGCCGGACGCCGCAAGCGCACCACCCGCGCCGUCCGCCGCCGCAUGCUCUGAGGCGCCUCGAGACUCGCCUUCUGUCGCUUCCUUUUCCGAAGCGCCUCAAAGAUCGCCGUCAGCAGCAGCAGCCGCCGCUGCUGCAACGGCGGCACCGGCGCGGGCGGCGACGCCAUCGCCGCCGCCGCCGCCGCCGCUGGCACUUCCCGCGCCGCCGUCUCCUCCGCCGCUGCACGUGCAGCUUCAGCUGCUGCACUUCCCGUACUUGUCGGAAGCAUGGACGGCUGAGGAGCAACGGCUGCUGGAUCAAGGGCUCGCAAGGUUCCCCGCGGAUCAGUUCACCCCCGCCCAGCGCUACCUCAAGAUCGCGGCGAGCCUGCCGGAGAAGACCGCCCGUGACGUGGCUCUGCGCUGCAAAUGGCUGCAGAGGAAGGAGGCGGGCAAGAGGCGGAGGGCGGAGGAGAUCACAGCAGCCAAGAAGCAAAAGGACAAAAAGGACAAGGAACAGCAGCAACGAAUGCAGGCAGCAGCAGCAGGGGAACCCGCAGCAGCAGGAGGGGGAGGAGCAGGGGCAGGCGGGGGAGGGGGAACAGGCGGAAGCGCUGCAGGAGGUGGGGCGGCGAGGGCAGGGGGGGCGGGUAUGGUCAAGGUGGAAGCUGCAGGUGCUGGGGAUGUUGUUGGGGCGCAAGGGGCAGGGGGAGGCGCAUCUGGUGCAGGUGUAUCUGGCGCAGCAGCAGCAGGGGGAGGUGGCGGUGAUGGGUGUGCUGCUGCUGACACGCAUACAGACGGUGCUGAUAACAGUGGCAGCUUGCUAUCUGGGGAUCUGUCACCAGACAAGCUACUCGAGCAGAACGUGGACCUCAUCUCCCAAGUCAAGGCGGCACUGGCCGCAAACAAGAUGCCGCCUCUCCCAGUCAAGCCUAACCUAGACCUCGCCUGCCAAGUCCUCUCGCCCUCCCCAUCCUCCUCCCUCAUCCCCAUCUCCAUGCCGCCUGGCCUCCCCGCUACAACCAUCCACGCUACAACCUUCCCCGCUACAGCCGCCCUUGCUACAGCCGCCCACGCUACAGCCGCCCACGCUACAGCCGGCCUGCCAGCAGGAACAGGCUCAGCUGCUGCUACACCCAUACUGGGUGCUACAGGCUUGCCCGCUACAUCCGGCCCUGCUACAGCCAUGCCAGGCCUCCCCGCUACAGCCAUGGGGGGAAUGGGAGGAAUGGGAGGCAUGGGAAACAUGGGGGGCAUGGGGGGUAUGGGAACCAUGGGGGCCAUGGGAGGGAUGGGAGUGAUGGGGAGCAUGGGGAGUAUGGGGGGCAUGGGGGGGAUGGGGGGGAUGGGGCCAAUGAGGGGAGCGCCUGGCAUGCCCAUGGGCAUGCCCAUGCCGAUGCCCAUGGCUAUGAUGCCUUCCAUGGGCCCGCCACCAGGUGCAGGAGCCAUGUCACAGUAA